GUGUAGAUCUAGCUGAUAAUGCGGGAGGUUUACCAGCAGGAAAAGAUCAGAUAAUAGGAUAUUUAAGAGUAGUUAUAAAUAGACGUACAGCUGUUCAAAUAGAAGCUAAUGGAAUAAAUAAAGCCUUUAAUCAACCUGGAAAUAUAAUAGUUAAGUUAAGAAUUGUAGAAG